CCCCUGCGCAGCCCGGACCCGCCUGCCGCCGCCUCUGCCGACCCUGCCCGCUCCUGGCCGGCCACUGACCCAUGGCGUGGUUCCCGAGCCUCUGCACUUGGCUCCUGGCGCUGGGCCCCGGGCUCCUGGCCGCCGUGCAGGCGGGAUGCGGCCAGGACUGCGCUGCGUGCAGCUCCCGGCUGGCGCACCCCGGCGAGCUCAACUUCCUGGCCUGCACGCUGGAGUGUGAAGGACAGCUGCCUUCUCUCAGAAUCUGGGAAACCUGCAAGGAUCUCCUGCAGGAGCUUCCUCGCGAAGGCGCCAGCCAGCUCCGAGACAGCAGCCCCCCGGAGGAGAGCCAUUUGCUCAGCAAGAAGUACGGCGGCUUCAUGAAGAGGUACGGCGGCUUCAUGAAGAAGACGGGCGAGCUGCACCCCGUGGAACCCGAGGAAGAGCCCAGCGGCGGGGAGCUCCUCGCCAAGAGGUACGGGGGCUUCAUGAAGAAGGACGCGGAGGACGGGGACGCCCUGGCCAAUUCCUCAGACCUGCUGAGGGAGCUGCUGGGAACGGGCGACAGCCGCGAUGCGGAGAGCCCGCGGCAGGAGGGCGGAGGCAGCGAGGAGGACGUGGGCAAGAGGUACGGGGGCUUCCUGCGCGGCCUGCGGAGGAGCCCCCACCUGGAGGACGAGGCGAAGGCGCUUCAGAAGCGCUACGGGGGCUUCAUGAGGAGGGUGGGCCGCCCGGAGUGGUGGAUGGACUACCAGAAAAGGUACGGAGGCUUCCUGAAGCGCUUCGCCGAGUCUCUGCCCUCCGACGAAGAAGGGGAAAGUUACUCCGAGGGAGUUCCUGAGAUGGAAAAGAGAUAUGGGGGAUUUAUGCGAUUUUAGCACCCUUUGCUGUGGGGGACCCCAGUCCCUGUAGCCCAGCUUCCCUCUACCCCAAAGUGAGCAGACGCCCCACCAUCGUGUUCUGUCGUGCGUUGCUUGCACUACCCCGCUGCCUCCUGAUCCACGUGGCUAUGCGGCCGGAAAGCUGCCGGGCGGGCGCUAGGUACUUCUGAGAUCCCGCAAGUUCGGUAUCAGUCGACUGAAUCUAUCUUCUUUUCAUGCUAAGAUAUUGUUGUUACCUUGUCCCUUAUCUUGAAAAACAUUAACAAAUGCUCCCUCCUAUAGAGAUACAAUAAACCCGUUUCCCUAGCUGC